UGGCUCCUGACGUAGCUGGUGCUACUUUCAUGGCAGCUGGAAGCUCAGCUCCAGAACUGGCAACAGUGAUAAUAGGAGUAUUUUUUGCUAAAGAUGACAUAGGUAUAUCAGGAGUAAUCGGUUCUGCUGUGUUCAACAUAAUGUUUGUCAUCGCUUGUUGUGGUCUGUGUACCACGACAGCUGUCUACCUCAAUUGGUGGCCGUUGGUUAGGGAUUGUUUUUUCUACGCCAUUUCCAUACUGGUGAUGCUGGGCGUCAUAUACAACAAAACCAUCUCGUGGGUCGAGUCACUGAUAAUGCUGAUCACUUAUUUCCUCUACUGCAUCGUGUUGCAUUUCAACACUCCUUUGGAGAAAUGGGCGCAAACGUGGCCAGUUCCAUUCAAAAAAGUCGUACCAUCAGAACAAUCUGGCUUAGUGAGCUACAAGACUCUGGAAGAGGAUGGGAAACACCAAAACUACGGGAUGGAAUGGACACCAGAGAAGCCUCCAGAUGAUGGUAUGAAAAAUUUUGGAAUGGAGUGGUCUCCAGAAAAACAUCAACAAGAAGGAUUAUUGACUAACCAGCUCAGCGGUCCAGCUUUGAAUAAGGCUACGACGGAUGCAUCUCCUGUCCCUACUCUUCCCGCUAGGCCUAUCCAGCAGGACUAUUACAAACCUAAAGAGUAUGAUCCUGCUGCGCACAUAAAUCCACUCAUCAAACCAGAGGGUGGAAUGUAUGUCAUAGGAGUAUGGAUUUUGGUAUUUCCAAUACACUGGCUAUGCAGAAAAACAAUGCCAGACUGUAGAAGUGAGAAAUACAGGAACUGGUACCCAUUCACCUUCUUCAUCUCGAUGGUUUGGAUCUCCUUCUACUCAUACUUCAUGGUUUGGAUGAUAACUAUUAUUGGAUAUACCUUAGGUAUCCCUGAUACAGUGAUGGGGCUAACUUUCGUAGCUGCUGGUGUUUCUGUGCCAGAUGCUUUGUCGAGUAUAGCAGUCAUCAGAGAGGGAUAUGGCGAUAUGGCGGUUUCCAACGCAGUGGGUUCCAACGUUUUCGAUAUACUGAUAUGUUUAGGUCUUCCUUGGUUUAUUAAAACUGCUAUCAUUCGACCAGGAUCAACGGUCAGAGUAAUUAGCAAAGGUCUGACCUACUCCACUCUCUCGCUGCUAUCGACCGUGGUGUUCCUCGUGGUAGCCACCCACCUGAACGGCUGGAAGCUGGACCGGAGGUACGGGGUGGUUCUGAUGAUCUGGUACCUUGUCUUCAUCACCUUCGCCAGCAUGUACGAAUUGAACGUAUUCGGGUACCUGAACCCCCCUGAAUGCAAGAUCGAUUGGUAAAUUUGUCGUGUUGUUGAGCUGUUAUGUUGUUUGUUACUGCAAUUUAACACUUGUCCCAGGAAAUCC